AUGACAAUAGAUAUAACGUCAAAUUCAUCAUCUAUUACAGAUUCAAAUUUAUCUACUGAUUCUUCAAAUAAUAUUAAUAAAAGAUUUAAUAAUCUAAAUAAUGAAGAUGAAAUUAAUGUAUUAAAUAAGGAUAAGAAAUUACCACAAGAUCAAAAUAUUGAAAAUAAAUCAUCAAAUUCAAUACAUCCUAUAAUAAAGCGUAAAAGAAGAAAUAAUAGUUCACAACAUUUUAAUAAAGUAUAUUCACAAUAUAAUAAAUGUUUUCAAAAUUAUUAUCAUUCAAGAAAUUUUCUAAAAUCAAAUCCAAUAUAUGUAUCAAAUUUAAAACCAUCAGUAAAUCAUUGGCAAUUAAGAAAUUUAUUAAAAUAUAAUUAUAAAAAUGAUUUGUUAUAUUAUACCAGAGAUGAUUCAAUAUAUUUAUAUGAUUUACAGGACAACUCAAGUCAGAAAAAGAUUAAACUAAAUUACUAUCCAAGAUGUUUUGAUAAUCAUAAUGAUUUAGUAGUAACUGGUGGAUUAUUAACAAGUAGUUCAAAAUUAUUUUCAUUAAACUUGGAAAACCUAAAUCAACCAAUAAAUAACAAUAGUAAUUCAACAAUGUCAAGAAGAAAUAUAUCAAAAGGUUUAUUUUCAAUUUACAAUCCGGAUAAUGAAUCAGUACAUACUGUUAAAAUUGGUGAAAUGAUAAAUAAUGAUGUAACUAUAAACAAAUUAAGUAAUUCACAAUAUCAAAGUCAUUUAUGUAAUAAUGAUUUUAACUUAUAUAUUUUAGAUAUAAAUAAUAAUUCAAAUUUAAGUUUAGUAUCAAAAUUUAAUUGUGAAUUAAAUACAUGUUUAAAUUCAAGUUUACAAAAUCCUAAAUCAGAUUUAAUUACAUGUGUUGGAGAUUCUUCACUGAUUUUUUUAAUUGAUCCAAAACAAGGGAAUCAACCAGUGGUCAAAACAAUAAAUUCAGGUCAUGAAGGAGGAUUUGGAUUAUCUUAUCACCCAAAUGGUCAAUUAUUUUCAACUGUUUUCCAAGAUGGAGUUUGUCAAUUAUAUGAUUUAAGAAAUUUAUCACAACCAUUAAGACAAUUUAAUUCAACAAGACAAGGUCAUCAACUGGGUGCUUUUAGAGUUUGUAAAAUAUCACAACAAAAUGAUUUUAAUGACUUAUUAAUUAUAAGUGAACAUGUUGGAAGAAUUCAUUUAAUUGAUUUAAAAACUUUUGAAAGACAAAUUAUUGUUAUACCUGCUGCAUUAGAUCAAUUUGGUAAUUAUAAAGAAUCAUUGAUGAAAGAACAAUCUCCAGAAAGAGAAGAUAGAGAGGAGACUGCUGAAGAUAACGAAAUUGAUUUUAAACAACAUUACCCAAUUAAAAUAUAUUCAGAUGAUUUAUCUUUCACUUCACCAAUAGUUUAUGAUUAUGAUUACUUAACUCAUGUUAAUACUAAAUUAUUCAAAGACUUAACUUAUAAACCACCAAUUAAUCCACCUUCCAAUAACUUAACAAGAGAAUCAACACCACCAAAAUUAAAUCAUCCAAAUUGGUCAUUCACCACCGAAAAUCAAGAUAAUUUGACUGAUGAUUCAUUAUUUUCAAUCUCACCAACUUCAACAUCAACCUAUCAUAACCAACCACAACAACAUAGUUCAAGAUCAUCAGUCUCAUAUGAUGUUGAUAUUGAUUCACAAUUAAAUGAAAUUUAUCGAACUUAUUCACAUACAAGAACAGGAUCAUCUUCUAACUCAUUUUCAACUCCACCGAGCUCAUAUUUACAACGUCAAGCAACUUCAUUAUCAUCAUCAUCAAGUUAUAUAUACUCGAAUUAUUGUGAUGAUUCUUAUCAACAACAAACAAAUCACGUACAUGGAGAAAUGGAAUUAUCUGGAGUUGAAUUCAUACAAGAUUCUCAUACAAAUAAUUUGAAAUUAGUGAUUGGUUGUCAAGAUGCUGGAUUAUUAAGUUGGGAAAUUAAUGAUGUUUGUAGAAGAAGUAUUGGAUCUUUUGAAUUUGUUUAA